UGAUCGUACUGGUCCAGCCCACUUGACAUCUAAUUGUUUGACAUUCGGUUUAACUCCAAAUAUCACAUUAGUCUGUACACGUGUUAAUCCAUGACCACUGUAGUUGUAAACUGUCUAAACAUUUUUUUAGCAACAACUGAGAGACUUCCACAAGAGGCAUCAACAACAGAUUCACCUGCGAAUGCUUCAACAUCAGUCCAGCAAAAAGACCAAGGAGCUCUCUCCUCAGCACCUCAUGUUCCAGCACCUCCUUCAGUUGCAGCAGCAGCAGCUGCUGCAGAUCCAGAGACCAGUCCUCUCCUCCUCUGUCCUCCCUCCAGGUCAGUCCUCGUCACAGUGGUGCUUUUCCUCCGACAGAUCCAAUAACGCACCUCUGUCUCGAUCUUUGUCAGUCGGCUUCAGCUCUGCAGAAAUACAGAGAAUCCUGAGAGAGCUGACGAAUGAAAUCAACGAGGAGAAGACUUCACACUCUUCAGCUGACAGUGUGUCCUCACAAGACGCCUGGAGACACAGCGGUGACCAGCAGACGUCCUCUACCGCGUGGACAAACUGUGCUGAGGCUGUGUCCUCAGGCGUCCUCUAUAACCGCGGGGUCUGUAACUGGCCUGGAUGUGAGUCCGUCUGCGAGAACGUGAAACAGUUUGUCAAACACAUAAGCAACGACCACCGUCUGGACGACAAAAGCACAGCCCAGUGCAGGGUCCAGGUCCAGGUGUUUCAGCAGCUGGAGUAUCAGCUCUGCAAAGAACGCCAGCGUUUGCAGGCGAUGAUGACUCACCUGCAUCUGCCAUCUGCGGCGGUACAGUGGCUCCCUGCUUCUGAGAGGCGACGGUCGCCUCAGUCUGACCCGGCCGCUGACCCCCACAGUCCUGAGCUCCCGUCAGGUGCCAUCAGUGACCUGAAUCCACCAGACUUGACUAGAACACAUCACUUCAAACCUCCGGCCCCGGUCAUCGCCGUGUGCCAGGCAGCAGACGAAGAUUCAGCCGCUCUGACUGAAUGUCAACAGCCUGCGGUCCAUUCACAGCCCUCGGAAAGUGAAUAUGAGCUGUACAAGAACACUGACGUCAGGCCACCUUUCACCUACGCGACACUGAUCAGACAGGCGAUCAUGGAGUCGUCAGACAUGCAGCUAACGCUGAAUGAGAUUUACAACUGGUUCACGCGAUCGUUCGCCUACUUCAGACGCAACGCUGCCACGUGGAAGAACGCGGUGCGACACAACCUGAGCCUCCACAAGUGCUUUGUGCGGGUGGAGAAUGUGAAAGGAGCCGUGUGGAGGGUGGACGAGGGGGAGUAUCAGAAGAGGAGAUCCCAGAAGAUCACGGGGAGUCAUCCUCUGAUGAAGAACGUGUCUCCACACGCUGCUGUUCAGACAGCACAAGACAAAGGACAGCGGUGUGAGUAGAGGCCACAGAGUCCAGUGCACGUGCCGGGUCUUUUCUGCCCAGUGAUCAAGCGAUGAGUCCGACUCAGCUGAGAGUGAGAUGGAGACGGGCAGUUGUUCC